AUGUACGCUGGAGUUGGCGAUGAUAAUUUUUUCAGAGUCAAUUUGAACUGGUUUAUCACGAACGUAAGUGGGCUCAGUUCACAACCGCUGCAGUCGGAGCAUCCAUGUUGGCCACCUAGAAGACGCUCUAAAAGUUCUGACAUCUUUUUUGGUCAAAGAAGCUCCCGACAUGUCACAGGCGGUGCCAUUUAUGCUCUUGCUCAUCUAUGUCAACUACAGAUGGGACAAAGCCAUUCUCAACAUUGUUACAGAGAAAUUAGAAUCAUUCCUUCAGAAAACAUCGUACGAUCAGACCAACAAGCCUCUAUACGUCAUCCAGCAUGGUGCAUGUCUUGCUCUUGGCCUCAUCUCCCUCGGCAGCCGCAGAUACUUCUCAUUAUAAUUUUUAUUAUUAAAAGUUAUAAGGAAGAUCAUCCCGAACCAGGUGAAGCUGCCGGAUACGCUCUUGGCAUGGUCAUGCUCGGCAGUGGCAGCCAGGAAACCAUUGACGAGAUGAUCAGAAUCUGCGAAAACACCGAACACGAGAAAAUCAUGCGAGGCAUUGCGAUGGGCUUGGAUUUGUCCUCUACGGAUGCGGCGCCAGAGCAAACGACACUAUCCAGCGAAUGCUCGACAGCAGGCAGCCUCUCAUGCGCGAAGGAGCUGCAUGGAUCAUCGCACUCGCAAACAUAG